AUGAAGCUGUCAAGGUCGUUCACUGGAGAUCUUUUGUCUACAUGGCUGGAGUUGAUUUUGUGGAAAGGCUACAACGAAGAAGACAACACCUGGGAGCCCGAAGAGAACCUCGACUGUCCCGAUCUCAUAGCCGCCUACGAAUCGCGAUUCGAGCUGGCUCCCGCGACGGAAGAGGCCGACAAGGCCAAGCGGAAGAACGUGCAGGAGGACGGCAGGCCGAGGGGCUUCGACAGGGGCCUGGAGGCCGACAAAAUCGUCGGCGCCACCGACGCCAGCGGGGAACUGAUGUUCCUGAUGAUGUGGAAGAAUUGCCGCGAGGCCGAUCUGGUUCCGGCCAAUCAAGCCAAUGCCAGGUGUCCGGAUGUUGUUAUUCGAUACUACGAGGAUAAGAAGCAGUGGUGCGGGGGGAAGCAGUGCGUUAUAGAAUUAGAUUAG